AUGUUCACCCUUUUCUCGUCUGUGGCAGUUGGCUUGCUGGCACUAGAGGCGCUGCGAGCCCUCUAUCGGCUAUAUUUCCACCCAUUGUCUAGAUUUCCAGGGCCCAAAUUAGCCGCAGUUACUAGAUGGUAUGAGUUUUAUUAUGAUGUUAUCAAACCAGGACAGUUCAUCUGGAAAAUCGAGAAUUUGCAUGAAAAAUAUGGUCCAAUCGUUCGCAUCACGCCGCACGAGCUUCAUAUCAAGGACCCUGAUUUCUACGAUGUCAUAUAUGCGCCUGCAUCAAAAAAGCGGGACAAAUAUGGUAGUUGGACCAUAGGUGCUGGCGCUCCAGCAUCAACCUUUGCGACAGUUUCUCAUGACCUACAUCGCAUCCGAAGAUCAGCCCUAAAUCCCUUCUUUUCCAAACGUGCCGUUUACAUCAAUGCCGAACAACUGAUUCGAGACAAGCUUGAGAUGCUAUGCCAGCGAUUUUCCCAAGCCUGCGAAACCCAAGAAGUGGUGCGACUCGAUGCCGCAUAUAUGGCCUUGACGAUGGACAUCAUAACACACUAUGCUUUUGGAAAGAGCUACGACUAUCUGGCCGAGCCAGACUUCAAGCUUGAAUGGAAAGAGACUGUUGUCGGCGGCUCUGCUAGCGGCGCGGUAAUCCGACAGCUUCCAUGGGCCUUUGGAAUCAUGAAGUUGCUCCCAUUGUGGUUGCUGAGCAAAAUCGCGCGGGAAGCAUCUUUACUCUUGCAAUGGCAACAAAUGGUGCGCCAGCAAGUCGAUGCAAUCAUUGACAAGAACCGUACAGGACAUAAGUCGAACGGUACAAUAUUCCAGGCUCUUUUAGAUAGUGACCUGUCUCCUGAGGAAAAGAAUGCGGAUCGUCUUCAGGACGAAGCUCAGACUUUAGUCGGUGCCGGAAGCGAAACCACUGCGAAGGUCUUGUCAAUCGUCACAUUUUAUCUUCUUCGCAAUAAAGAAAUGCUAGAGAGAUUACGCCAGGAAUUAUCAACGGUGGGCCUAGACUCGGACAAGAGCCCUCUUUCUCAAAUAGAGCAGCUCCCGUAUCUGAAUGCUGUAAUCAAUGAAGGACUCCGUUUGAUGCAUGGAGUCACCACGAGAUUGCCUCGGGUUGCUCGCGAGGUCAUCGAGUAUAAGGGAUGGGCGAUCCCGCCAUCGACACCAGUUAGCCAAUGCAACUACUUUGUGCAUAUGGAUCCAACGAUUUUCCCGGAUCCAUGGGAAUUCAAGCCCGAUCGCUGGAUUGAGGCCAAGGAGAAUAACCUGCGUCUCGAUCGCUACCUGGUCUCUUUCGGCAAAGGCAGCCGCCAGUGCCCUUGCUUAUAUCGAGAUAUUUCUCACGCUUUCAACGGUCCUGCCGCGCUUUGA